ACGACGACGGCUGCUCUGAUAAUCGAGUCCCAUCUUGCUGCCCUGCAUCACGGCAAUCAACAGUUGGCACAGCACCAACGGGGGAGAGAAUAAAGCACGCCACAGACAGCGCUUGAUAAAUCUCUAUCGGCUGUCGGAGUGAAAAAAAGCUCAAGAAAGAGAGAGCGAAAAGCGCGAGACUGCGAGCUUGAAGAGCACCGCAUUCAGGAAAAGACUCGAGCAGCUCUGGGCACGAACUGCGAUCGACCAACCAUGUACUCGAUGUUCCCCAUGGUCGAGAAAUCGUACCGUGUCAACAUCACGGACGACAUUGAGCGCGAUCUGCGCUUCCUCGGUCAGUCGCGCGUGGAUGCGCUCACGUCGCCGUUCGCUAUGAAGCUGGUGAAGGAGAAGAACGGACUCAAGCUGUUCGAGCUCUGCGAGAAGGAGUUCUACACUAUGAAAGCUGUGACGACAGUCCACGCCCCAAUUCAGGAAGUCCUGCACAUGCUCAAGAUGGACACGACGGCGCAGCUCCGUGAGGUUAUGGGUGAGAUCUUCGGCACACUCUUCCUUGACGGUGUCGUGCUGUACAAGAAGCCAGAGUCUGCGUCUCGACCUAACGAGAGUCUAUCGAUCAGCUGGACUGCAUUACAAGCGUCCAAGCCUAAUCUACCACACCGCGACUAUGUAUUCUUACGCUACGGCGAUGUGUUCGAGAAGAACCUGGAGCACGGUAGUAUGUACCAGAACAACGGCUCCGGGUUGUACAUUGGCGCCUCUAUUUGGGAAUCUAUCGAGCUGGACGGGUGUGAACCGCUGCCGCCUUCACAGAAUGUGGUGCGUCUUCGUAUGCGUCGCUCAGGUAUCGUAGUGGAGGAAACUGCACACGACGGUCCUCUCGAGGUCUCGCUGUUCCUGUCCGAAAGCCACCCGGGCCGCGACGCAGUGUCAACACUUACGCGCACAUGGAUGACCAAGGUGGUUAGUUGCGUUGCUCAGAUCCCCAACGCGUUGUUAACGCGAGCAUUAGGCUCACAAAGUCUGUUAACCAAGCGCGACUUCCGCAAGGACGGCCCGAACUGCUAUCUGUGCCUUAAGGCCUUCACUGUGUUCCGUCGUAAACACCACUGCCGCGUCUGUGGUGACGUCGUGUGCAGCAAUUGCUCCGAAAUGAAGACUCUACGGCAGUCUAGCGUUAACAAGGAAGUGCGUCUAUGCCGUCAAUGCCGUACAGCUAGCACGUCGUCCAUCCUGUCUUCGAACAGCGGCUCCAAUUCGAUAUCGCUGUCUCAAACGAAUGCAAGUCACCGAAGCGUACAGAGCUUCACGAGCUCGGUGGAAAACUACGAGCUGGAGGCCAGCAACAUCUCCAUCUCUGGCAGCACAACAAGCGUGUCCGAGUCGUACAGCGAGACAGCUCGUCCAAAAACGUACCCGUUGAAGAGCAACGGGUCAUUCCGUCGCCAGCGUUCAACUGAUAGUCCUGUGCUCAACCCGGCCACGGAAUUCAACCGAGGCAACCACAGCCCGGUUAAGGAGGACUUUGACACGAUCUCCGAGUUCUCCGAGUUUACUGAGUUUCAGUGGACAGAUGAAGUGAGUCGACCGAGUGUCGAGGACCUUGCACAGCUAGAGAAGAAACUCACAGUGCGAGCAAACACGCCCUUCAACUACGCGCUGAACUACAGCAGUCGUCAAGAAUGGCCCAAGGCUCCAAUCCCGUCUAACGAGGCUGCGAGACUCAAGAAGGUGCGUGAGCUGCACUUAGCCGACCCGGGCAAACAGUUCCAGGAGAUGUGCGAGUACGCUGCUGCUGAAUUGGGCUGCCAGAUCGCUGCGAUCAGCUUCAUCGGCGACAAGAGUGGGUUCCUGAUGGCCAAAGUGGGGCUGGACAAACGCGAGCUGCCUCGUAACAUGCUUAUGGACGCACACGCCAUCAUGACAACAGAGCCGACGGUGAUUCUGGACGCGACUGAAGACCUGCGGUUCGUGAACAACCCGCUUGUGACCGAUGGGCGUGUGCGCUUCUUCGCUGGCUUCCCCAUGGUCACAUCGGAUGGCCACGUUGUGGGCUCCUUUAGUGUAGCCGACCAGUUCGCGCGUGAGCUGCUGCCAGGUGACAAGUAUCUGUUCCUACGUAACCUCGCGAAUGUUGCUAUCCGUGGCGUUGAGCAGAACACUUUGAUGAGUCUGGCGGUACGGAGAGAUGGCGGCAAUGUACACAAGGUCAAGUCGACUAUUCAAGCUCCUCCGCCUCCAGGAAUGAAUGUUGCCGACGCAGAGCUUACGAUGCAGGAAUUGCUGCGAACAGCCUACACGACCCAGUGCCAGGUCCGCAUGCAAGUCAAUCCCCUGUCCGAAUAAGUGUCACUGUCGCCUGGAGCUUGGAUUGUAGAGCUCUCCUGUGUAAUUUUUCUCUAAGUUAUAGUCACGGACUGCGCAGUGUGUCUUACUAGCAUUAGUAGCAUUAGCAUAUUGGAACCGAUUAGUACAAAUUAUAUGGCAGCUAAUGUCGUUCAGCACAAAG